UCUAUAUUAUCUUCAUUCAAUAAAUAUCCUUUUUCAUCACGUGCUGUCCAUUUAAAAUUUAUGUUCAUAUUCGUGUGCGAUUAUUGUUUUCCUGAUUUUUCAUCCUUCUUUGGUAGUUUCAACUCUGCUGGCAGUGUUUAGCUCUUAUUGAUUCAACUUUUGGGCCCACGUCUUUUUCAUAUUGUCGUGUUGAUUCUAGUUUAAGCUGCAAUGGGUAAGGAAAAGAGUCACAUCAACAUUGUGGUCAUUGGCCAUGUCGACUCUGGGAAAUCAACCACCACUGGCCACCUAAUCUACAAGCUUGGUGGUAUUGACAAGCGUGUUAUUGAGAGAUUUGAGAAAGAAGCUGCUGAGAUGAACAAGAGAUCAUUCAAGUAUGCGUGGGUUCUUGAUAAGCUUAAGGCCGAGAGGGAACGAGGAAUUACAAUUGAUAUUGCUUUGUGGAAAUUCGAGACCACUAAGUACUACUGCACGGUCAUUGAUGCUCCAGGGCACAGAGAUUUCAUCAAAAACAUGAUUACUGGGACAUCCCAAGCUGAUUGUGCUGUUCUUAUCAUUGAUUCUACAACUGGUGGUUUUGAAGCUGGUAUUUCGAAGGAUGGACAGACCCGUGAGCAUGCUCUCCUUGCUUUCACCCUUGGUGUCAAGCAAAUGAUCUGUUGCUGCAACAAGAUGGAUGCUACUACUCCCAAGUACUCCAAGGCCAGGUAUGAUGAAAUUGUUAAGGAAGUGUCUUCAUACUUGAAGAAGGUUGGUUACAACCCAGACAAAAUUCCGUUUGUUCCCAUAUCUGGCUUUGAGGGUGACAACAUGAUUGAGAGGUCGACCAACCUCGAUUGGUACAAGGGUCCAACCCUACUGGAAGCUCUUGAUCAGAUCCAGGAGCCAAAGAGACCUUCAGACAAGCCUCUUCGAUUGCCCCUUCAGGAUGUCUACAAGAUUGGAGGAAUAGGCACUGUCCCAGUGGGACGUGUUGAGACUGGUAUCCUGAAGCCUGGUAUGGUUGUGACUUUUGGUCCUAGUGGACUGACAACUGAAGUUAAGUCUGUGGAGAUGCACCAUGAGUCUCUCCAGGAGGCACUUCCCGGUGACAAUGUGGGAUUCAAUGUUAAGAAUGUUGCAGUUAAGGAUCUCAAGCGUGGAUAUGUUGCCUCAAAUUCUAAGGAUGACCCUGCCAAGGAGGCUGCGAACUUCACAUCUCAAGUUAUCAUAAUGAACCACCCUGGUCAGAUUGGGAAUGGCUAUGCCCCAGUGCUUGAUUGCCACACUUCCCACAUUGCUGUCAAGUUUGCUGAAAUUUUGACCAAGAUUGAUAGGCGAUCUGGUAAGGAGCUUGAGAAGGAGCCUAAGUUUUUGAAGAAUGGUGAUGCUGGUUUCGUGAAGAUGAUUCCCACCAAGCCUAUGGUCGUUGAAACUUUCUCUGCGUAUCCUCCCCUUGGUCGAUUUGCUGUGAGGGACAUGCGUCAAACUGUGGCUGUGGGAGUCAUCAAGAGCGUGGAGAAGAAAGAUGCUACAUCGGCCAAGAUCACCAAGGCUGCACAGAAGAAGGGCAAAUGAAUUGUCCGGGUUUCUUUACCAAAGGAAGUGUGUGAUUUUGGUUACAGUGAACGCUGGUUUCUUGUAGGUAAUACACCUUUCCAGAGUCAAAGUGUAUGGUGUAUUGUUUGUUGUUUGAAUUUUCCACCCUCGUCUUGCAACCUUUGUUCCCAGAACUGGGUUCUUGAUCGACGGUGGCGAGGUUGAGUCUGUUUCUUGGUUUUGUUUUGGCGUUUACAUUCAGCCGCCGCAAUGUCAAGUGUCUUUGAUUGAACUAUCAUUUUUGUAUGGACGCCGCGGGCUAGUCUGUUCAAGUGUUGGCAUUAUAUUAUAUUUCUGUCCUAUUUCGUGAUUUUGGGGGGUAAA